AAUCUUUGAGAUAGAGAACCCUGAACCAUCUACAGGACUAAGUCUCCAAACGAUCAUGCAGCACAUGGAGCGUGAGAUUUUGGUGGAUGUUGAUGGAGAUGGCUCGCUAGAGCAUCCACAAAGAUGCACCAUCUGUUUGGAAGACUUUGACAAGGGAUCGGAAAUCGGGAAGAUGCAGUUAUGUGAUCACAAGUUUCACUUUGAUUGCAUCAAACAGUGGCUCCUGCAGAAGAACCUUUGCCCCGUGUGCAGAAGAGUUGCAUUGCAAAGGCAUCUGACCAGCCCAAAUGUAGAAUAUGGUUAUUUCUUUCUUUAAUGGUGUGUUCGGAACAUAUGAAUUGAAAU